UUCAGCAUAUCCGCACAAAUCAAGCAAUCAAAUUAAUGCUCAGACGGCAGAUCGUUAGUGAAGAUGUUGAAGAGUUCGGGACCGAGGAUGGAGUCCUGGGGGACACCACUGGUCAUAUGUAUAGGAUCGGAAAAAGUUUCGUUUACGUUCACCAGCAUGGAGCGACCGCACAGGAAAUUAGAAAUCCGCGAGAGAAAAUUCCAAGCAACACCGAUACCUCGGAGUUCGAAGAGAAGCUGUUUAUGGGGGAUCUUAUUAAAGGCCAUACUGAAAUCCACAAACACAAGCUCAAGGCGUUUGCCAACAUCCAAUGAACUUGCCCAUUUCUCUUUAGCCACAACCAAGCUGGUAGUGUAGGGGCGAGCAUUGCGGAAACCGUGCCGGGCACCAGAUAUCAGAUCUAACGUCCGAAGCUGAAGCCUUAGUGCUAGUUUCAGGACCCGUUCCAUGACUUUGCAUAGUAUCGAUGAAAGACAAACGGACCGGUAGUUA